UGGGAGACUUCCGUUUGUGAAGGAUCUGCGACGAGAAAGCUGGUUGCGUUCGGUGGUGCUAUUGAAAAACACGAUGAAAAUGGCGUGGCAACCACAAGAGGAAGGACUUAGACAAAUUUUAAUACUUUUACGUGAAUCGCAAAGUCCUGAUACAGCAACACAGCGUGCUGUACAACAAAAAUUGGAAGAACUAAAUAAAUUCCCGGACUUUAAUAAUUAUCUUAUCUUUGUAUUAACCAAGCUUACAUCAGAAGCUGAUGUGCCGACUAGGUCACUUAGUGGAUUGAUUUUAAAAAAUAACGUGAGGACUCAUUACCAUAAAUUUUUGCCAGAAGUUACGAAUUUUAUAAAACAAGAAUGUUUAUCUGCGGUUGGAGAUCCGGAUCCCAUGAUUCGAGCUACUGUGGGAAUAUUGAUAACAACUAUUGCAUCAAAAGGUGAAGUAUCAACAUGGCCGGAAUUACUUCCAUCAUUGUGUCAAAUGUUGGAUUCCCAAGAUUACAACGUCUGCGAUGGAUCAUUUAGUGCAUUGCAAAAGAUAUGUGAGGAUUCAGCAGAAUUACUUGAUUCGGACACAGUAAACCGGCCUUUGAAUGUAUUUAUCCCUAAAUUUUUGCAAUUUUUCCGCCACUCGAGUCCGAAGAUACGUUCGCACGCGAUUGCAUGUGUUAACCAGUUUAUUGUGAGCCGUUCACAAGUCCUGAUGCUGCAUAUAGACUCAUUUUUGGAGAAUCUUUUCCAUUUGGCGACUGAUGAAGAUCCAGAAGUAACUAAAAAUGUCUGUCGGGCAUUUGUAAUGCUGUUGGAGGUUCAAAUAGAUCGUUUAAUUCCUCAUAUGCACAAUAUCAUUGAGUAUAUGUUGGUGAGAACGCAAGAUGAAAAACCGCCAGUUGCCUUGGAAGCCUGUGAAUUUUGGUUAUCUCUUGCUGAACAAGAUAUGUGUCGUCAGGCAUUGGCUCCAUACUUACCCCGACUCGUUCCUGUGUUAGUUAGCGGUAUGAAAUACUCCGACAUGGAUAUAAUAAUGCUCAAAGCUAACGUCGAGGAAGAUGAAAUGAUACCCGACCGGGAAGAAGACAUCAGACCGCGUUUCCAUAAAACUAAAACACACACUCUUAAUCCAUCUACAAACAAACAUUCUGAUGAGAACGGUGGUUACGACUCAGACGGCGACGAUGGAUGUGACGACGAUUCAAGUGUCGGUGACUGGAACCUCCGGAAAUGUUCAGCUGCUGCUUUGGAUAUGCUUGCUGGAGUAUUUAGAAAUGAUUUGCUACCUGUUUUAGUGCCAAUUCUUAAAGAAACAUUGUUCCAUCAAAAUUGGGAGAUCAAAGAAUCUGGAAUACUUGCACUUGGAGCUAUUGCUGAAGGAUGUAUGGAAGGGAUGAUUCCACAUUUAUCAGAGCUGAUCCCAUACUUAAUCAAUAGCUUGAAUGACAAAAAAGCGUUAGUACGUGCCAUAACAUGUUGGACAUUGAGUAGAUACGCGCAUUGGGUUUGUGCUCAACCUCAUGAAACUUAUUUGAAGCCUCUGAUGGAGGAAUUACUAAAAAGAGUAUUGGAUGGUAAUAAACGUGUUCAAGAGGCCGCUUGCUCGGCAUUUGCAACCCUCGAAGAAGAAGCUGGUACUGAAUUAGUACCAUACUUAGGAUUCAUAUUAGAAACUUUAGUUUUUGCAUUCGGAAAAUAUCAACAUAAAAAUUUAUUGAUACUUUAUGAUGCUAUUGGAACACUAGCAGAAUCUGUAGGACCUUACUUAAAUAAACCAGACUACAUAAAUAUUCUAAUGCCUCCAUUAAUAAACAAAUGGAAUAUUUUAAAAGACGAAGAUAAAGAUCUAUUUCCCCUUCUUGAGUGUCUCUCUUCGGUAGCCACAGCACUACAAUCUGGAUUCUUACCCUACUGUGAACCAGUUUACAGGCGGUGUGUGUCACUAGUCGAACAAACACUGAAUCAACAUAUAGCUAAUACACAAAGCCCUGAACAGUUUGAAGCGCCGGAUAAAGAUUUUAUGAUUGUUGCAUUGGAUCUUUUGAGUGGACUAGCUGAAGGUUUGGACGGUCACAUUGAACAAUUAGUCAUGAACAGCAAUAUUAUGCAAUUACUUUAUCAGUGCAUGCAAGAUCCCAUGCCAGAAGUAAGGCAAAGUAGUUUUGCAUUACUUGGUGACUUAACGAAAGCUUGUUUCCAGCAUGUACUUCCCUGUAUACCUGACUUUAUGCCGAUCCUUGGAGACAAUUUAAAUCCUAGCUUUAUAUCAGUAUGUAACAAUGCUUCUUGGGCUAUUGGUGAAAUCGCCAUUAAACUAGGGCAUGACACAAGUGUAUAUAUUCCAUUGAUAAUAAAUCAACUCAUUGACAUCAUUAAUCGGCCAAAUACACCAAAAACACUUCUGGAGAAUACCGCCAUUACGAUCGGUCGCCUAGGUUACGUGUGUCCCCAAGACGUCGCCCCCAUGUUACAGCAGUUUGUCCAACAGUGGUGUUCUUCGUUAAGAAAUAUACGUGAUAAUGAGGAAAAAGACUCUGCAUUUAGAGGUAUGUGUCAAAUGAUAACAAUAAAUCCUGGUGGUGUAGUUCCUGAUUUUGUCUUCUUCUGUGACGCUGUUGCGUCUUGGGUAACACCUAAAGAUGAUUUGAAAGAAGCGUUUCAAAAGAUAUUACACGGUUUCAAAAAUCAAGUUGGCGCUGAUAAUUGGAAAAGAUUCUCCGAUCAAUUUCCUAUACAGCUACGCGAACGUCUUCAUACUAUGUACGGCGUCUGAAUGAUCCCGCCUGCUUAUUGCGGCCAUUUCUUAAGCAAGGCCGAUUGGGGAUGGGCGGGGAAUAAUAAAAUGGGUGAACAGGGUGGGUGGGUGAAACCACGGCCUCUUCUCAUCAAUAUCAUCUACUUGGUCGUCGUAAUCGUAUCAUGGUUACUGACGAGUCAACGUUCUGGCUUCGUCCUCGUGCUUGAGCUUCGAGGGACGACAGUAGUCAUGAUGAUUGGCUACGGCAAUGGAACUGGGUGAGAAAUGGAUGAGAAUAAAUAACAAACAUAACGAACGACUUAAAAGAAAAAAAAAGGACAGAUUUAAAUUAUUAAAAUAAAUAAAUAAAUAACAAGUGGAUAAUUAAAUAACAAACAAUGGCCGAGUUACGUGGGUGGGUUUUACGGGUGGGUGGGGAGGGCGGGAGGGAGUAUAAUCGUAGGAAAUAAUUCAUCAACGAUAUUCACUUAAAAAGAGAAACAAAGGUAUCACAAAAAAACAUGUUGCAAUCUUUUAAUCACGAUACCUUUAUCUAUCAC